CCACGCUCAGCCUGGACAGCGACCACACACGCAACUCCGGCUUCGUAAUUCUCAUUUUCUUGUAAAUGCUUCCAGAAAAAAAAAGAUAUACUGACCAUAGAAGGAUCGUACCCACUGACAACCAACGGCGCGGUGUUAUUUCAGUUUAUCUGCAAUUUAGAAAAGUCUGGUGAGGAUGACAGAACUCAGCACAGACCGCAGGUUUCACAGUCUGACCCAGGAGCAAGUCCAGACCUUGGACCAGGUCCUGACUGCAGUCAUUCCUAUUCACGGGCGGGGUAACUUUCCUACCUUGGAAGUGAAACCCAAAGACAUCAUCCACAUGGUGAGAGACAAGCUGAUCGAAAAGGGUAUCAAGGUGCGUGAUGUGCGCCUCAAUGGUUCCACUGCCAGCCAUGUGCUAGUCAAGGAGAAUGGCACCAGCUACAAAGAUCUGGACAUCAUCUUUGGGGUUGAGUUGCCUAAGCAGGAAGACUUUCAGAUAAUCAAGGAUGUUGUUCUGCGUUGCCUCCUGGACUUCUUGCCCAGGGGGGUCAAUAAAGACAAGAUCACUGCCCUUACUAUGAAGGAGGCAUACGUUCAGAAGAUGGUCAAGGUCUUCACUGAACAUGACCGCUGGAGCCUCAUCUCCCUGUCCAACAACAGUGGCAAGAACGUGGAGCUUAAAUUUGUCAACUCUCUGCGGCGGCAGUUUGAGUUCAGCGUGGACUCUUUCCAGAUCAUCCUGGAUCGCAUGCUGGAGUCCUACUUGGAGGCUGAGAGGAGGCUGGGGUCUCAGCAUGAGAGGCUGGAGGACAGAGCUUCAGUGCACCAGAGGACCAGUCAACCUCGGGUUGUUCCAGCGAAGUUGCCAUCCACCUCUCUGGAUUUGGACAAACCCCAGAGUCUAGAUAAGGAUCUGGUAGGCAGGACAGACGGUGCAUCAAGCUCAGGUGACAGUUCGUGCUGCUUUGCGGAGGUAGAGAUGAGAGAGGAGGAGCCGCCACAUAUGACUGAAGAGCCAGUCACAGAGACAGCACAUAUGGAGAAAGUCACAGACACAAAAGAUAUGGAGGAAGUCACAGAGACAAAAGAUAUGGACGAGGUCACAGAGAUGGAGCAAGUUGCAGAAAUGAGUGCUCUGGUUCCAGGCCCAGUCUCUGAGUCACAAGAGGAGGCAGAGUUGAUGGCAAAAAAGACAGAAGCAGAGGGGAAAGAGGUGUGUGUUAUAGAGAAUAAUAUAGAGACUUCAGCCCUUAAAGAACAGGUACCAAAUGAGGUGUCAAUAGAGGCAACAAUCUCAUUGAACACAAUAGCUCAGGUUCACAUGGAAAACUCUACAGACAUAGAGCCAACAGACAGUCACUCAGUGCCCCUGAUUAAAGAAACAACAGCUGAAGGACAAGUUACACUUAAGGUACUAUGUGUACCACCAUGCCAGUCCUGUGCAUGCCUUUCUGAGGAAACACAGGACACAGAAUAUUCCUUGCCUCCUCCUGCAAAGAAAACCUACAAAAACUCUCAGAUGGUUGUCCUUAAGCAUUCUUCUCCGAAACCUCCAAGGAAAAUGUCAAAGAAAGUAGCAACUGUGAUAUCAUCUCCUGGAAAAACAAAUUCCCCAGAUGAACUAUCUGUUGCCGGUCCAAUAUUAAACCUUUCUGAAGCAACCUCUGUUGAAUCAGUACCGAUGGUAGUUGAUGUAACUGGCCCUGAUACAAAUCACUGCAAAUCUCCAACUAGCACACCUCAGCAUGACAAUUGUCAAGUCAAACUGUUAAACAUAGUCAACACAAUCAACACUGCUGAACUCCAAGAUAAUGACACAGAAUCACUAGUAGAGAUCACAUGCUCACAAAGUCAAAAUUGUGAAUUUCUCACUCAAAGUUUUACGAUAACGUCUAAAUGCAAUGAACUUGGGGUCACACAACUCAGUGACAAAGGUCAAUACAAACAGAUUCCUGCUGUGGAAGUACUGCCUCCUUCUCCCCAGGCACUGGAGCUUGCUGAUGAGAUACCUGAGUCUGCUCAGCUGGUACCAGAACUUACUACAGUGGCACCAGAGUCUGUUGUCCAAGUACCACAAAGGGACACAGAGGUUCCUGAGUUUACUGAACAUAUUCUAGAAUCUGCUCCUCAGGUUCCAGACUUUACUGAAGACUUGCUACAAUCUGCUCUGCAGGUUCCAGAGUUUACGGAACAUAUACUAGAAUCAGCUCCUCAGGUUCCAGGGUUUAAUGUCCAGGUAGCAGUAGCUUCUUCACCAGAAACAGAGCUACCUGCUCAUGUACACAAACCUAAUACCCAGACUUCUAAUUCAUCAGAACUUGAUACCCAGUCAUUGGAGUCAAAUGUUGAUGUACCAGAACUUGCUGUCCAGACACAGGAGUCUGUUGUCCUGGAACCAGAACCUGAUGUCCAGGUCCUUGAGUCUGAUGUCCAGGAACCACAACCUGAUGUUCAGGUACUGGAGUCUGUUGCCCAGGAACCAGAACCUGAUAUUCAGGUCCUUGAGUCUAAUGUGCAGGAACCAGAAACUAAAGUCCAGGUAUUCAAGUCUGUUGUCCAGGAACCAGAGUCCAAUGUACAGGUACUUGACUGUGAUGUUCAGGAGGCAGUACAUGAUGUCCCGGGGCUAGAUUCAGAUUUCCAAGUAGUAGAGCCUGUGGCCCAGUGUGAGAAACUAAAGAUGGAAGCAGCACCAAAUAUUCAAGAGACAGAGACUACAGUACCAACUAGGGACCUGACAGCCAUCACAGUGGUGGCAGAGAGCAUGUACGGAGAUUUUGAGCAGGCUAUGGACCACCUGCGAUACCGGCUGAUCGCCACACGCAAUCCUGAGGAGAUUCGAGGAGGGGGCCUGCUCAAGUACAGUAACCUGCUUGUGCGGGAGUUCAAGCCGGCCAGCGAGACAGAAAUAAAGACCCUGGAACGUUACAUGUGCUCACGAUUCUUCAUUGACUUCCCCGACGUCAAUGAGCAGCAGCGCAAGAUUGAGUCUUACCUGCGCAACCACUUCAUUGGCGAGGAGAAAAGCAAGUAUGACUACCUGAUGACUCUCAGGAGGGUCGUUAAUGAGAGCACAGUCUGCCUGAUGGGCCAUGAGCGCCGGCAGACCCUCAACAUGAUCACCGUCCUGGCCCUCAAGGUGUUGGGUGAACAGAACAUAAUCCCCAACACCACCAAUGUUACCUGCUACUACCAGCCAGCUCCCUAUAUGGCCGACCACAGUUUCAACAACUAUUACAUUGCCCACGGCCAGCCUCCACUCUUUUACCAGCCUUACCCUCUCCAUAUUCACAUGCAGACUGGCCUGGUGUAGUACAAGGAAGAGGGUGAGAGCAGGAGACCACUGCCAGGGUUAACAAUGCCGUUCAGUGACAAAGCACCCACCAUGACCGUAAUACUUAAACAAAUGAGCAAACAAAAUAACAUCUAAUAAAUCAGCGUGAGAAAAGAAAAAAAAACAUCAGUCCAAAUACCUAACAAAAUAAUUGUUCACAAAAUGUGCACAAACGCUGAAGUCAUUUGGGGCUGAUCAUGGGAGCUUUUAUUGCCAAAAGGAUUAAAUGUCACCGUCUCAGAAUAAUGGACCCAGCAGCUGAAAGAGCUUGUGUAUGCCUCGCACAAAAGCAUGGCUGUUGAUCAUUUGGAAUUAAAAACUUAAAACAAAAAGAACUUCUGGCACAUUGUGUCAGUACUUGUAGGCAGUAUGUGUCCUUGACCGAGAGAGGGUGUGGCCCAGUAACCUGCAGGCUGAGCCCAUUAGCUGAACUUUCCUGAUAGGGUAACUCCAGUAACACUGGAGCAAGACCGUUGGUGUCACAGAAGAUCCACUCAAUUUACAAAUUCUUCUUUUCAUGUAAUCACUACAGAUCCUUACCAGAGAAACUGUAAGGGAAUGGGGGGAGGGGAGCUGUGGCAAUUUUAAUUCAUUUUUGUUUCAGUCAGUUGUUCCAUCAAGUGUCCAGGCCGAGUCCAAAUGAUAGCAUUUUUGAAAAAAAUCUGGUUGUUCCACAUGUCAAGAGACUGCUAUUUAUGUCUGGGUUUUUGUUUAUUUAUUAUUCUGCAGAAUAAUCUAAUGAAAAGAAAGUUGUAAUAGAAAAUAUGAUGACAUACCAAUUACUAUUCCAUGAGAUAUGUCCUAUAUAUCCUUACACAAAAGUCCGUUUUGUGCAAGAAUAUAGAAAGCAUCAUCAAAUAUAUGUCUUUUCAAACAAAGUUUUGAUCUGGAUCUGUGAAUUGUUCUGCAUUGUCAUGUCUGAUCUACAGAACGUGUAUAAGUCCAGGAACAUGAAAGCCCAUGAGAUCAUGACAACAGUGUAUUUCUGUGGUAAGGACAGGUUAGCACAUAUUCAAAACCUGUUUAAUAUGGAUUGUUCAUUUCUUAGGAAUUACAUUUGAUUACUCAGAAAAUAUGUGGAGGAACAACACCUGUUUUAACAAAAAAAAUAAUAAUAAUAAUGUUUUAGACUUGGGGAAAAUGGCCCAUAAGUGGAUUACACUUGAUCUUUUCCAUUAUCCCAUCUGAGGAUGCAUUGUGCUUGACAUCAGAGACUGGCUAUUAGCCUGAAACUUAAAGUAGGUAGACAUCUCAGAUUGAAGCACCUAGGCCAGAUUCAUUUUUAAAUCUUCCUAAUACAUGUCAGUUUAUUGUUAUAUUUAACACGUCUUAAAGAAGUGACAGUUUUAAUUAAAUGUAAUAUUUGUCCAGUAUGCCCACUAUAAAUUGGGAUACAUCUGCUUCACAGUCAUGACCCUUUACGAGUUUUGAAGGAAAUUCUUUGCUGCCAAUUUAUUUCUGCUUUCUUUCUGAAGGACUGUAGGCAGGCGUGUGAUUAACUUGCAAAAAAAGAAAAUUAAUUGUGAAAAUGAAUUUAAUGAAUUGUGUAGGUGUCUUUUGUGUAUCUGCGAUGCACAGUGUCGGGUUUAUAUAAUAACAAGUAAUAACCAGCCAGGAAUUAAUAUAACCUAUGACGCAUUGUUCAGCCUCAAAGGACACCAACUGAUGUCAGUAAGAAAGGUCUAAAGAAGCAUGUACUACCCAUCAGGGAUUAGAAAUGAGGAAUCUCUACCUUCCACACUGCCCACCCCUGUAUAAAAGGCAAAUACUUUAUUUUCAAACUAUCAAGCUGUGCCAAACACAUGCACACACGUAAGCGCACUCAUGCAUACCCAUACACGCAAAGACACAUGCAUGCGCACACACAUGUUUACACACACAAUGCUGGAAAGAGCAGGAGACGGACAGAGACUUUGUUUUGUGCAAUACUGAAAACAAUAUGAAAUAUGUAGAUCUUGUAUGUUCGAUCCUACAGUUGUGUUGAAUUUUUUCAGGGGAUUGUCCUGAGUUACUGCUGUAGAGACUGGUUAUUAAAAAAAAAAUCAGAUUUCCCUUGGUUGUUGUAACACUGUCAGUACUUUGUUAUGUGAAGUAUUUGCUUUUGACAUUAUUUUCUAGGCUUAUCUUCAAGUCUCUCUGUUCAUGUACUUGUUUGUUUAAUUCAUUGAAGCUAUUAGAUUGGCGUCAUUGCCAGAAGACUGAUUGGCGCUGUGUUGAGGGUCCAGGAUUUCUUGGACCUAUGGCUGACUAUGACUGACAUUAUCUGUCAGUAUGAAUGCUUUGGAAAGGGAGCUACCACCAGUGUCAUCCUGUCAAUGCCACUCUCGUCACAUAUAUUAUAGCAGGGCUGUCAAAUUCCACUUCCUGGCUGGCCUUGAGUGCAAUGGUUUUACCUCUCAGUUCUGCUGACGUAACUGGGCAUUAGUUAAUUAGUCGUAUACCUAUUCAUCUGUGAAUUUCCCAAAAUGCAUUGCUGUAGAAUGUAUCUUAAGCCACAGAGACAUAGAUAUGAAGUAUUUUUUACAUAUUAAAAAGAGAUCAUUGAAUUAAUGUUAGCCGAACGAGCGUACUUAAGGCCUUCCAGGAACUGUUUGACACUCUUGAACUGGACUGAAGAAAAAAAAAAAAAAUGAAUCAGACUGUCCAGGACAGGCAACAGAAUUACUGCAAACUGCAAUCACCCCAAACACAGCCAAAGAUGGGGUUUUGCAGGAACACUCACACAAGUGCCUAUAAAUGAUACUACAGCAGCAUGUCUGGGAAACACCAUUUAUCCAUGUAUUGAAUAUAUGGAUAUUUACUUGUGGGGUUACUUGUUUUUCACCUGUGUGUUAUAUGGUUGCCCUUCAUUAGUGCUGCUUGUUUUGAUGUUUAUUGUAAUAUUUUUUCAGUCUGUGCUUGGUUAUGGAAAUAUUAAAAUAAAAAAGAACA